GUUCUACACCAGAUAGCGUGCAUACAUAAUAUAGAAUAACACAUACAGAGAACAAAUUCUUCCUAUAUAUUUUGUUAAUGGCUGUAGAAAGAAUAUCUUAAAAAGGCUAAAUCCAUGUAUAAAUAUACAACCUUUAAUUAGCAUUCCCUUACGGGGAACGGUUUGGCUUAAGCCUUCACAGUUAUAGAAAGAAUCACCACCUAAACUGCACCAGUUUCGAUUCCAGGACGCAACACACAGAAGAGAAAGAAAAGAGAAGCCACAACCACAAUGCAAACUACUUCCUCAAAACCACCAAACAUGCCUCACGAACUCCCUGUCUCCACAGCCACAACAACAACAAGCACAGACCCCAAGAAACUGACUCUCAUACCUCUCAUCUUUAUCAUCUACUUCGAAGUCGCCGGUGGCCCUUAUGGAGAGGAACCAGCGGUGCAAGCAGCAGGACCCCUCUUCGCCAUUCUCGGUUUCCUCAUCUUUCCCUUCAUUUGGAGUAUCCCGGAGGCCCUUAUCACCGCUGAGCUCUCCACAGCCUUUCCCGGCAACGGUGGCUUUGUCAUCUGGGCCGAGCGCGCCUUUGGUCCUUUCUGGGGGUCCCUCAUGGGCACAUUCAAGUUCCUUAGUGGUGUCAUCAACAUCGCUGCCUUCCCAGUUCUUUGCAUUGACUACAUGAAGCGACUGCUCCCUGCUUUAGAAUCUGGCCUUCCGAGGUACUUCGCCAUCUUUGGCUCAACUCUAUGCCUUUCGUUUCUUAAUUAUACUGGUUUGACAAUUGUUGGAUUUGCCGCCGUGGUACUUGCUGUUGUUUCACUUUUGCCUUUUGUAUUGAUGUCAUUGAUUGCACUCCCAAAGAUUCAACCUCAUAGAUGGAUCAGUCUGGGGCAGAAGGGUGUUGAGAAAGAUUGGAACUUGUUCUUCAACACCCUUUUCUGGAACUUGAAUUUCUGGGACAGUGUCAGUACUCUUGCCGGAGAAGUUGAAAACCCCCAGAAAACUUACCCGAAAGCCCUUUUGGUUUCGGUGAUCUUCACUUGCUUGGCAUAUCUAUUUCCACUUUUGGCUGUGACUGGAUCUCUUUCCGUGGACCAAAGCGAAUGGGAUGCUGGGUUUAUGGCCCAAGCUGCAGGUAUGAUUGCAGGGAAAUGGUUGAAAAUCUUUCUUGAAUUUGGUGCUGUGUUAUCAGCAAUUGGUCUAUACGAAGCACAGCUAAGCAGCAGUGCUUUCCAACUUCUGGGUAUGGCUGAUAUAGGAUCUUUGCCCAUGUUUUUCGGUCUAAGGUCUAAAUGGUUCAACACCCCUUGGGUUGGGAUUUUGCUAACCACUUUGAUUUCACUGGGGGUUUCAAACUUCAAUUUCACAGAUAUCAUAUCCUCGGCUAAUUUCUUGUAUUCUUUGAGCAUGUUGUUAGAAUUUGCUGCAUUUAUAUGGUUGAGAAGGAAGUUGCCAAUGAUGAAGAGACCGUACAGGGUUCCAUUGAGGCUGCCAGGGCUGGUUAUGAUGUGCUUGAUACCCUCUGGGUUUUUGAUAGUUAUAAUGGCUAUUGCCACCAAGACUGUUUAUUUAGUGAGUGGAAUAAUGACUGUUGCUGGGAUUGGAUGGUACUUUUUGAUGAAACUCGCCAAAUCAAAGAAGUUGUUGAAGUUCAACGUUGGAGGACUUGAAGAAAUUGACCAAGUGAGGGUGGUUGGUCAUUCAUGACCUUUUCACCAGUUGAAAGAACGUUUGACCUUGCAAUUUCACCUUGUUUUUUGUAAACAAAAUUCAACCUGUUACAGACACUUGGCUCUGAGUCUGACCAGGUGAAUUAUUAUGAUCUCUAGGUCAGUAUGCAACUAGAACAUCUCAUAUGAAUUUAUGAAUUACAUUUUACA